GUUAGAAAAAGAAACAGACAGAGAGAGAGAGAGAGAGAGAGAGAGAGAGAGAGAGAUGUUAGUUGAUUUAAGCACCUGUCUCAGGUAGCGAGUUCCCACACAAGCUGGAUGUGGCUAAGACCAUGAGAGAGUAGCGUUGAGGUGGAGGGAGAACAGAGAGAGCAGUCAGCGGAGAUGGACGUACAAAACGGACGAGGAUGUGUGCGAAUUCCCCUGAAAGAGGCAGAAAAAUAUCACCACUUGACUCUCUGUUGUCGUCAUUUGUACAAUGAGAUUAUGCAAAACGAGACGAGUCCAAUCUGUGCUGCUGACAUCAUCACUGAGCUGAAGAAGAAGUUUGCCUUUCUGUCGGGAGGCAGAGGACAGGAUGACAGCCCCAUCAUCAUAUUUCCAGAAUUCCCAUCAUUUGGUGAGAUCAGUGAUGAAGAGUUUCACAAUGUUCUCACCUAUCUGACAAGUGUUCCCAGUUUGAGUGCAGCAGGAGUGGGCUUUAUCUUAGUGAUUGACAGGCGCCAGGAUCGCUGGGCAUGUGUGAAAGGGACAUUACUCCGUAUCUCGAGUGGCUUCCCAGGAAACCUACGACUGGUUCUGGUGCUGCGACCCAACGCUCUCCUCCAGCGCACUCUUUCGGACAUUUUCUUCAAAUUCCACGGAGACGAUUUCAGGAUGAAGGUGCCGGUUAUCAUGCUGAGCACAGUGGAUGAACUACAUUCGUACAUAGACCGAAGUCAGCUGACCCAAGAACUAGAUGGAACUCAGAAAUAUUGCCAUAACACCUGGAUCUCCCACCGCAUGGACAUAGAAGGCUUCGCUGUCUUAGUGAAGAGGAUGACACAAAGGCUACAGGUGUUUGGCAGGGAACUGGCAGAGACUGAGCUACCCAACACCCCUUUAGCAUCCAGCAAUCUGCUCAACACACACAGCAGCAAGAAAGAUAGCAUGAAGGAGGAGCUGGCACGAGCUCUGGUACAAGGGCGUGCGAUCUUAGGGAACAUCCGUGAACCAGUGCGCAAGGAUCCAGACAGCGCUCUGAACCCAGACCAGCUGGAGAACCUGGCCACUGUACACAGGCUGUUGUCCCAGUUAAACGAGAGCUCUGCAGCAUUUGAUGAUUUCUGGAUACAGCAUCAGAAGAAGCUGGAACUGUCCUUGCAACUCUGCCAGUUUGAGCACAGCUUUCAGGAGGUGUCAUCAGAGAUGAAGCUAGCGACUGAUAGACUGGCUGCUUUCUCACAUGUAGGAAUAAGCCAAACCCACACAGAACAUCUCCUCAGAGAUCUGACUGACCAGGAAGACAAAUCAUUUGAAAUUCUGGACAGGAUGCAGGCCCUGUUUAUCGAAGGCCAACGUUUUAUCGAUAACUGUGAAAGUAGUGAUGAAAAUGUUAAGAUGAAGUGCGCUGACCUACAAAAUGCCAGAGACAAACUCUUACAAAAGCUCAAAGCCAACAGAGGUCUGCUGCUACACGCCGUUGAGCUUCAUAAGAAGCUGCAGAGUGUGUGUAAAUGGUGUGAUGAUGGUAUUUACAUGCUGGCAUCUCAGCAGCUUGACAAGUGUCAGUCACAGGAAGGGGCGGAGUCUGCACUACAGGAGCUCGAGGGCUACGUGGAGACAGGCAAAGAGCUGCAGCAGUGGGAUAUGUGUGUGUUCUGCAGAGAGUAUGAAAGUGUGUUAAACAAAGAGCUGAAGGAACAAGUAGAGCGAGUGUUAGAAAAGAGGGCAUUGCUACAGGAGAUGUUUGAGAAAAGGAGGAUCAGUCUAAAGAAGCUAGCAGCCAAACAGCCACGCCCAGUCCAGCCUGUAGCCCCAACACCUGAAGCCAUUAAAUCACCUCCUUCCUCACCGGCCCUUCGACAUUGUGGGAAGAGCUAUGCUAGUGUAGACUCACAGAGUGACUAUAAUGAAGUCUCCUCUGAGCAGACCGACGGAGGCAGCCGCACUGCCUCGGUGUCGGACGAAGAGGAAAACCUGGCUGUACUCCGCAGGCACGUUAUGAAUGAGCUGCUGGAAACAGAAAGAGCAUACGUAGAAGAACUUCUGUGUGUCCUACAGGGCUACGCUGCUGAGAUGGACAACCCUGCCAUGGCAUCCAUCCUCCCUGCUGCCCUGCAGAACAAAAAGAGCGUGCUGUUCGGCAACAUGCAGGAGAUCUACUUCUUCCACAAAACGAUAUUUCUGAAAGAGUUGGAGACUUACACAGAUCACCCUGAGCUCGUAGGCCGCUGUUUUCUGGAGCGGAUGGGAGACCUGCAGAUUUAUGAGAAAUACUGCCACAAUAAACCUCGAUCUGAGAGCCUGUGGAGACAGUGCUCAGACUGUGUGUUCUUUCAGGAAUGUCAGAAGAAACUGGAGCACAAACUGGGGUUGGACUCUUACCUACUGAAGCCUGUUCAGAGAAUUACUAAAUACCAGCUCCUACUGAAGGAGAUGAUUAAGUACAGUAAAGGCUGCGAUGGUGUGGUGGAGCUGCAGGCGGCUCUCUCGUCUUUACUGGGCAUUCUGAAGGCUGUCAACGAUUCAAUGCACCUUAUCGCAAUCAACGGAUAUGAGGGUAACCUAGGCGACCUGGGCCGCCUGCUGAUGCAGGGUUCGUUCAGCGUGUGGGCCGAACAUAAGCGUGGCCAUGUGAAGAUGAUGGAUCUGGCGCGUUUCAAGCCCAUGCAGAGGCACCUGUUCCUCCAUGAGAAAGCUCUGCUCUUCUGUAAGAAGCGUGAGGAAAAUGGCGAAGGCUAUGAAAAAGCACCAUCCUACAGCUUCAAACAGGAGCUGAGUAUGAGAGCAAUUGGAAUCACAGAACAUGCCAAAGGAGACCAUAAAAAAUUCGAGAUCUGGUUGAGUUCCAGAGACGAGGUGUACACCGUUCAGGCGCCAUCCGAAGAGAUUAAGACAACCUGGGUGAGAGAAAUCCGGAAACUUCUAACAGGACAACUAGAGGCCUGCAGGGAAGCAAGCCAGCAGAGACCGACUGCAGAAGACAAUUCACUCGAAAGACCAGCGAGAGAUGGACUGAGUAAUGGAGAGGUGGAGAAACAGAGGACAGAAGAGGAAGGAGGCAAUGAACCCAACAGCCUAGUUGACAAAAAAACAGACAGAGCCAGAAGUUCGUUCUCCGGCUCUGACAACAAACCCAAGCGACAAGAUAUCAAAAGUGACCCGACACCUUUAGAAACAGGGUCACACCCCCAUUUAAGUGGAGUCAGGUGGUUAAGUACAUCGAGCCUGUUUCAGAAUCGUAGGAAAGGAUGGAUUAAAAGCUCUGUCUCAAUGGAUCCCUCUUUGGGGCACGAUGGGUAUUUUGUCCCUGAAGAUCGGGUGACCUCUGAGCCAGAGGAGGAACAAGACAAUAAACUUGACGGUGCGAGUGUGAGUGCAGUAGAUGAAGAUCCCAAAGCAACAGAAUCACAGGAAGGACAACCAUAAAAAGAUUUAAGUGAGCUUCUGUCCUCGAGACCACGUCUGGAAACGUACCUGCUGUUCUUCAACUUUUCCUCCUUCAUACAAUACAGCACAAAAUGUCAAACACUUCUACGUGUUUCUGUGUUCGUAGCCCUUUAAAGAAAGUACAUUUCCAGUGUCGAGGUGUUAUGGUGGUUAAGUCUAACGCUCCUCACAUUAAGCAAGUGUCAGCUUUGUCUUUGCAUGAGUACAACCUUAACCUCCAUGUAUAAUUAGCAUAUCAUAUAUGCAAAUAUUGUUUUAUGGCUGUGCCUGUGCUUCUAAUGUAAAGUCUGUAUUUCUGUCAUAGAAUUAUGUCCAUGUAGACGUACGUACGUAUGUGUGUAUAAAAUAAAACUGUCACUACGUUCUGUA